AUGGAUGAUGAAACCCUGUCAGAAAGACAGGAGAAAUUUGGCUUCCUGGAACUGAAAUCAGACCCAUUUCUGCUGCUGAUAGCAGUGAACAUGGUAGAAGGGGGAGGCACUCAGGGGCUUUCGAAAACACAAGGACCUGUAAAGAAUGGGAUUGGAAGAAUUAUUACCCCAUACCUCAGGCAAAGAAAUAGGAGCCUAUUUCACAGCCCAUGUCCUUUGCACUGCUCAGGAGGUCACAAUCAAGAAAAGCACUUGGCACCCAUCACUCCGAAAACAAGAGAACCCGACCUGGAGACUAUCAUUGCUCAAACUCUGGAAUUAUCACGUAAUAUCACUAUGGACCCAGGAAAGGAUAGAGAGGUGAAAAUUGUUUCAGAGGAAUUCAACAGGCAGGAGCCCAAAUGCAUACAGACACAUAUAAAGACUUUUUCUGAUGGUUUACAUGUAAGGGACCAAGCAAUCAAGAAAAACCUAGAAAGGAUUGCUGCACGCUUCAAUGCUUCUUCCUGUCCCGCACUCGAUGAAACUUCCUGCAGCUUCCGAAUACCUGAUCAUGAAGAAUUCAAAACUCAAUUAAUUCAGUUUUUAGAAGAGAUCCCCUCUGACUGCCAGAACCUGAAACCUCCAUCAUCUGCUAAGAACUGACCUGCACCAAAGCCUUCACUGUCCAGAGCCUGUCUCCUUUGCCCCCUCAGGGAAACAGAGCCCAGGCCAAGACUGAGUUUUCAGUCUGGCAAGAGACUGGGCUACUAGCUUCAGCUCCACAGGAUCUCCCAGGUGCAAAGGGCUCCCGGGGUCCUAAAUGGGGUCAGGUUCUGUUACGUUUACAUGGACCUCUACAUAAACUUUGGGACUCG